CUCCACAGAAACCUUCAGCAAUGGAUACUAGUAUCGAUACUAUUAUUCGUAUUCUUGUUCCUCUGCUAAUCAUCGCACUCGGUCAUUACAUUGAUCAUUCCGAGCCAGAAGCUGAAUUUAAUUUUUCUUCGGUUUCUUUUUCUCAUCAGGAACCUGUCCGUGACUUCAUGGAAAGGGAGGUUCGAGCCGGGGUCAAAUACUACAUAGUUCCUGUACUAUUUGUGAGAGGUGCCUUUGGUGGUUGUGCACUUACAUUAGGCCAACAAAUGAAUGGUACUCAGUGUCCAAGCCAAGUAGUAGAAGUACCAGUUGAUAAGAUGCGUGGACUUCCAAUGACAUUUACCCAUGUUCAUGGGAAUGGAAGAGUCGUACGCUUAUCAACAGAUCUCAAUAUCGAAGUCUCUGCUAAGUCAGCUUGCAAGGAGUCGUCCAUGGUUUGGAGGUUGGCAGAUUAUGUUGAACCAGAACGAAGAUGGUUUAUUGAGAUGGGUGGUGAUAAAGGUAAUUUGGAGACUAAUCAAACGAUUCGUGCUCGGUUUAAGAUAGAGAAAUUUGUAUACGAUGGUGACGGUUAUAGGAGCGGUCAUAAGCUUGUGUAUUGCCCUGAUGUCUGUGAAACCUGCAAAGCCAUAUGCAUGGAUAUUGGAAUUUAUUCGGGUGCCGGCGGAAUAAGGCGACUGGCUUUAGUUGAUAAUUAUCAAGUGCAGCCACUCAGAGUAGCUUUCUUACCAUCCGAUUGGCUUUAGUUGAUAAUAAUAACUACCAUUACAAAUUGUGUUAAACAAGAAACGGCACGACAUGUGGUUAAUAAAGAGUUUUAAUAAAUAUCUAGAGAUUGCUCGUGUCGUAACGGUAUUGUUUUAAUAUGAUA